AAUAAGCUUGAAGAUUUAAUUAAAUGCAACAUUUCUAUUUUCAUAACCUUUUCACUACUUUUUAAAAUUCUAAUGAUUUUCUAGGUGUGUUUUGCCAAGUGUGUAGAAAGAAACUACCACCCUCUCAUACAUAUUUUUUCAACACUUCAAACAAAACAUCAACAAAAAAAAAAAAAAGAAGAAUUUGAAGGACAAAAUUGAUGGCAAAAUCAGCAGAAGAAGAGCAUCCUCGAAAGGCAUUUGGUUUUGCUGCAACAGAUUCUUCUGGCUUUCUAUCUCCUUUUCAUUUUUCUAGGAGGGAAAAUGGUCCUGAAGAUGUCACAAUUCAAAUCCAAUUCUGUGGAGUUUGUCAUUCUGACUUGCACACUCUAAAGAAUGAAUGGGGUUUCACCAGAUAUCCAAUUGUUCCUGGGCAUGAAAUAGUGGGUAUAGUCACCGAAAUUGGGAACAAUGUGAAAAAAUUCGAAGCUGGUCAGCGAGUGGGUGUGGGUGUGAUGGUAGGAUCCUGUGAGAAAUGCGAAUCUUGCGAACAAGAUUUAGAAAAUUACUGUCCUCGUAUGGUUUUCACCUACAAUGCUAUGGAUAAAGACGGGAGCAGGACUUAUGGAGGUUACUCGGAUGUAAUUGUUGUUAAUCAGCGCUUUGUACUUAGCAUCCCCGACAAUCUACCUAGUGAUGCAACUGCACCUCUUUUGUGUGCUGGGAUCACAGUGUACAGUUCGAUAAAGUAUUAUGGAAUGGCUGUGCCCGGAAAGCAUUUAGGGGUGUGUGGUUUAGGUGGUCUUGGACAUGUUGCUGUCAAGUUCGGGAAAGCGUUUGGACUUAAGGUUACUGUGAUUAGUACUUCUCCAAAGAAAGAAGACGAAGCGAUUAAUCGACUUGGUGCAGAUUGUUUCCUUGUUAGUACUGAUGCUGCGAAAAUGAAGGCUGGAAUGGGGACUAUGGACUUCAUUAUAGACACCAUAUCUGCAGUUCAUUCUUUAGGUCCACUGCUUGGUUUACUCAAGGUGAAUGGAAAGCUCGUUACUGUUGGCCUUCCUAACAAUCCUCUCGAGCUUCCUAUCUUCCCCUUGGUCCUUGGUCGAAAGCUAGUAGGAGGAAGUGACAUUGGAGGGAUGAAGGAAACACAAGAGAUGCUAAAUUUCUGCGGCGAACAUAACAUCACCGCGGAAAUAGAACUCAUCAAAAUGGACGACAUAAACACAGCCAUGGAACGUCUAGCGAAAUUAGAUGUACGCUACCGUUUCGUCAUUGACAUCGCCAAUUCACUAUCAUCUACAAGCAAAAUCUGAUCAACUUUACCAUAAAUUCACUAUCAUCUAGUAGCAAGUUGCAAAAUGUUGGUAAACUACAACUUUGACAAUCUAAGCUGACUUAUAAUGCAUGAACUUUGCUUGAUGUUGUGUUUAUGCUAAAUUGAACUAUAUUUGACUAAGUUCAACUAGUUUUUCAACGUCGGAAUAUGAUGGGAUAUACUUCCUCCGUUCCAUUUUAGUUGCUACAUUUGCAUGGGCACGGGUAUUAAGAAAAGUGAUUGACUUACACUGUAGCUGAUUGUUUACUUUAUAGAGUAUAGUAUUUUAUUAUUGUUAAUUGAAAAAGAAAAAGGAAAAAUAGAUUGUUAGGUUACUUUAUAGAGUAUAAUAUAGUUUUUAUUAUAGAGUAUAGAGUAUAGAGUAAGAUAAAAAUAAGAGUAGGUAGAACUUUAAAUGAUUGUUUUAUUACUAAAAAAAGGAAAUGUAGCAAGUAAUAUGAAAUUGCCAAAAAUAGAAAAUGUAGCAAGUAUUAUGGAACGGAAGAAGUAUUUUUUAUGGUCCUGAAAGUAAGAGUUAGUGAUGUCUAUGUCUAGUGUCUAGUCUUCAAUUGUCAAUUUGGUCUAUAUAUUUUUCGUAAUUGCUUAAGUAAUACAGAAAAGGAAGUGUGGAGUGUGGUCCUAUAUUUGCCCUACAAUCCAACAUUCAUC